AUGGUGUACUUCGCCGACUCCACAAAACCCGUGGCAGGAGAUGUUCCCAUCGUUCGCACGGAUUUAGGCCUCGUCGCCGGGGAGCGCAUCACAAUCGGCGACCGAAUGGUGGACGCUUUCUUGGGAAUCCCGUACGCCAAACCACCCGUUGGAGACCUUCGGUUCAAGAAGCCUCAUCCAGUCGCAGCUUGGAACGGCACGUACAACGCCACAAGAAAGCCAACUCCGUGUUGGCAGCAAAACGUCCGGUUCCGAGACGCGGAAACGGAUUAUUCUGAUUCCUCAGAAGACUGCCUAUACCUCAACAUCUGGCGAAGGUCUUUCUACUGCGAAAACAACUACAACUCGUGUGGCAAGAAACGGCCAGUCGUUGUUUUUAUUCAAGGGGGGGCCUUCCAGUGGGGAGACUCAGGAUUAUUUGUGUACGAUGCGGCCAACUUUGUGUCUCUAACAGAUGCCAUCUACGUAACUUUCAACUACCGCCUCGGAAUUUUCGGUUUCCUGUCGCUGGAGACGCCUGAGCUGCCUGGUAACAUGGGACUAUGGGAUCAAAAUUUGGUACUCAAAUGGGUUAAGAAAAAUAUUGAGCACUUUGGAGGUGAUCCAGGUGAUGUCACGAUCAACGGUCAGAGUGCGGGGGGAAUAUCUGCAGGAAUGCACGCCGUUUCUCCUCACAGUAAGGGCCUCUUUAAGCGAAUCAUCAUGGAGAGUGGAACACCGCUCUCCAUAAUCCUCGGAAUAUCUUACAAAGGUGCUGGGAAAUUUACUUCUGUGACCAGCGCUCUUGGAUGUUAUGACUUCAAGCGAAGCUUCGAGGCCCAAACUAGAGAUGUGAUUGACUGCUUAAAAAAAUUGGACGCAGCGUUCGUCUAUAAAAUCUUGAAGUCAUUGGAUUUGGCUCAGCAGAUAUUUGUUCCCGUACACGGAGAUGACUUCCUUCCACACCAUCCGCUUAUGGAACAAACUUGGAAACACCUUGAGUUCAAGGAACUUCUCCUUGGAACCAAUUUGAACGAAGGAACAUUGUUUUUUGAUAACCUUCAGUACACGUUUCCGGCUCUAAAGCACCUCUUGACAGGUGACUAUCGACUUGCGGUCACAGUUGCCCUCGGACCUGCCUUUGAUAUCCCAGUUUCACAAGCACGACACAUCGUGCGUUAUUACUUUGGUGAUUAUAAUGUCGAGCACAACAGCCGGAGCGUCGGAGAUAUAUUCAGUCGAAUCUUCGGAGACGCUGUCUUCAACUGUCCGACCCAGCUGUUCGCCGACCUCGCUGCAGAGCAAGGAAUAAGCACCUACAGGUACAUGUUCGCGUACCGGCCGUCCUUCAGUGUGUGGCCAGAAUGGAUGGGCGUUGUCCACGCGGACGAGCUGGCGUUCACUCUUGGAUCCUUGCCAUUUGCGAAAGAUGAAACUAGACACACCAAGCAACUGGGAGCGCGUUUAAGGAAACUUUUGUUAAAUACAACAUACACGGCAGAAGAAGAAACGUUCAUGAGGCGGCUCGUCAGUGCAUGGAAUUCCUUCGUUCGAAAUGGAAAGCCAGUGAUUCCAGUGCCUGGCAUUGACUGGCCUUUGUACAAGGCGGAAAGUUCGAAGUUGUUGUACCUCCGUCCCGGCAACUACACUGUUGCACGGGACUCAUCGCGGGACAUUUGUGAGCUUUGGCGGCCAUUCCUACUAAAGAAGUAA